AUGGAGGAUCCAUUCGUUUCGAGCCCUGAUGGGCUGGUAGGAACUCGAGAGCCUCAUCGGUAUUCAACAUUCGAUACGCAAUUAUUCAGCCUGAGUGCCUCGUCGCCAUCCCAAGCUAAGCGGGCCCUCGAGGCGCAUUUAGCCGAGACAGAACGGAGACUGCAAGAGGCAUCGAAACUCGGCACAGCACUCGUCAAUCAACAGAGGGAGCUGACAGACAAACUUCAGGAACUGGAUCAGCAGCGAGAUGAAGGCGAGAUCACCCCAGAACUCCGGCAAAAGUUGAUCGAGUUGGAGAAGGAGUACAAUGAGAUCGGUCGCGAAAGCGCGCGUGCCUUUUUAGUUCCUAAGCGGGCAGUCAGUGGUGGGGAGAAUACUCCAGGCAUUGAUCCACGCUCCCCCGCAGCGGCUUCCGUUUUCACGAGCCAAGCUAGUGCGUCGCCAUCCAAAGUCAGCGUCCCUUCGCGCAAACAACGGAAUCAACCUUCAAGUCGUGUCCAUGAUAUUGAAUUCGCCACUGAGAUCUCAACCUCCCUUCUUGCGCAGGUUCGCCAACUACAGGCUCUUCUCGCUGAACGAGAAGAAUCUUUGAAGGCCGCGAACCUGGAAAAUUCCCGGCUCGAACUGGAGGCCGAAGGGUUUACACAGAGAAUUCGCGCCCUUGAUGAGAGCGAGCAACGUUACAAGGAUGAAAAUUGGAGCUUGGAAACUCAGAUGCGCGAACUAGCGGCAGCAGUCAGAGAUUCUCAAGAGCGCGAAACAAAACUUACCAGUGCAUUGAGCUCUCUAACAGCUGAGAAGGCGGGUAUCGAACGUGAGGUGGAGGAGUUGAAGCAGGCUCAUGGAAAGCUGUUGGAGGAGCAGACUGCUACACAGAAGGCGCAUGACUCUGAAGCAAACCUGUUGCGGAGGAAUUUGACCAGUGGAGAUGCGGAACGAGUUGUUCUUCAAGCCAAAGUAGAGGAAUUGACAUCUCAGAACCAAGAACUCGCCAGGGCUGUUGCAUCCAUGCGUAAUAGACAUAUGGAGGCCGAAACGCCUCGUCCCCGAUUGCAUGACGCCGAGGAUACAAUGCCAGAACAAGAUAGUCCCGAAAGCUCACCACCUCCAUCGCCCAAUAAGCAGACGCCAAGACACGGUCAUCUCGAAACAGAGACCUUAAGAAGCUCCUUGGGUCAUGCUCACCGUAUGAUACAAAACCUCAAGAGCAAUAUUCAUCGUGAGAAGACGGAGAAAAUCGAGCUCAAGCGAAUGCUUCAAGAAGCUAGGGAUGAAUUAGAGACUCGCCGACGCGAAAACAAUCCUCCCGGAAGUGGUACUAAACGCCAGAGGAUCAAACCCGAUACCUUCAAAAAGCCGCUUCCUCGCUCCGACCUUCUUGGGCCUAGCAGAAGGGGUCGCACUGAGAUCACCUUGGAAGAAUCAGACUGGGAGGAUCAUACGAGUGAAGCAAGCCCAACGCGCACGGUUCGCGGCAAGCGUUCUCCACAACAUGGAACUGAUCUCAGCGAUGUCUAUCAAACCGCUGCCGAGACCGAUGAUGCUUUCGAGACUGCCCAUGAACGUGAAACCACUACGGAAAGCGAGGCCUUCCAGACUGGUGCUGAGAGCUUGGCUGAAGAUAGCAAUGCGGAUCUUACUGAAACCGAGAUAACGAGAACUCCUCGUCAAGCAGUAACUCGUCCCAAGAAAGUUCCCUCUCAGCUUUUCAAUUCAAGGGCUGGUGAUAACCUUUCUUAUUUGAGCACCGCGUCUACCUCGGAUGACGAUAGCGAAACCGUUCACACGCCGAUACAGUCGCAACGUAAUCGUGUCAGAGUUAGCCGCGGCGGGUUCCGGCGAAUUCGACCAUCUGGAGAGGCUCCAAUGGCGUCUUCCAUCAAUGAAGUUUCCAGCACCCAUAAUUCGCCAGCUAGUUCAUUCCAGCAUGAGAACGCAAUUCCCAUGGGCCAGAGCUUAUUUGCAGAACUCGAGGAACUCGGCAGUCCUGGCAGUGAUGGCGAUUUCGGCACUCCUAUACGCUCGACAAAUGUCAUAUCUCAGCCAUCCACUCCGCUUCAAAAUCUGGUUAGGCGAGCGUCUCAAGCAUCGAUGCCUCUGAGACCCACGAUGGUUGAUUCAUCUACCAUGACGGACGCUUGGGAGCCCGAGUCUGUUCCUGUCCCAGUCCCUGAACCAGUUGCAACCAAUGAAAAGUCAAUUGAGACAUAUUCGCCAGACCGCGUGGAUUCGUCCACUCAGUACACACCUUCAAAGCCAUUCAUGGGAGCAAAUGGCGAGCAUCAAACCGCUUUCCCAACUCCACCGAAGACAAUAUGGGACGAAUCCGCAACAGCUGAAGACAGAGCCAUUGACGUGCGCGAGGUGCAGAAUCCUCCGGUAUAUGAACUGGAUUUCUCAAGCAUCAAUGCUAUAGAGACAACUCCAGUUACACCUCUCACUCCUGAACUCACGUUAUCAGCUAUACUUGAUCAAUCCACUGAACCUGUAGCGGCGGAUAUAUUCGAGCCACCAGAAACUCUCAUUACCGAGAAUGUCGAGGAAAGUCAACCUAUACAGUUGUCGCUUUCACCGAUAUGUAGCGAGCAUUCUCAACCAGUCGCCUUCGUACUGCCUCCUGCUGAAGCCGCUCCCGUUCCUCAAUCUGAGCCGGAGAUACUUGUCACGCCUCCCCAGUUGUCUUUGUCUUCGAUCCACUUCACGCACACUGAGCCUUUAGCUUUGCCAGAAAAACCACAUCCUGCAAUUCCUCUGCUGUCAAUUGCUUCAAUUCAAUCCCUGGAGACUCUUCCGGUUGACCCUGUCAUCCCCCCCCCCGUGUUGGCACCAGUUCCUCCUGCCGAAAUUUCAUCAGAACCACCUAGAUCUGCUGUACAGCUGGACGGUACUGACCCGAAGCUCAACAAGCAGCCAUCUAUCAUUUUUGUGUCUGAAGAUGCAACAAGUCAACCUCAGCACCAAGUGGAUCUCGAGAACCAUGCGAAGGAGCAAACACCUCCUUUGAACAAUAUUUCUGGAAACAGCACUUCUCGUGAGAGGCGCCCAAGCAUUGUAGAACACGCUGAUCAAGCCUGCCAGACGACUGUGUCAGGUAAACUGAUUGAUCAGUUACUCUUGGACCGCAAGGCUGCUCGCCCUUUUACACCAUCAGAGCCAGGAUCGAUUUCUGGUAUGGAUUCAACGUUCAAUUCUCCUGGUGCAACGCCAAAGGCCAGAACUCCUAUUAUUGAAGCUGGCACGAUACCAACGGCACAGUCGACUCCUAAACGGCCUAGCAGCGCCACAAGUGCGAGAAGAGGUUCUUCUUCAAGUCUUCGCCCGCCGCUACCAGCAGAUCACAAACAGCUUAUUGCUGCAGCUCAAAAUGCUCAAGGCACAACUGGUACAAUGGGCCCUCCCCUUGCUCCCGCAUCAGUGUAUAAAAACAACAUACGUCCCAGAACCCCCGGUGAGAGCGUCGCUCCUCCUGCAUCGGUUCGUGCAAGGUCGGGACGUGAAAGCCAAGCGUCCACUCGGAGAUCCUCAUUGUCUUCGUUUGUUUCUGAAGUUGAGGCUAGAUUGGACCCUAACAGAGAUGUGUUGCCUCAGGGUAUCCGGCCUGGUACAGACCCUCGCAUGAUUCAAGCUAUCACGCAGACGAUGAUUGGAGAGUAUCUUUGGAAAUAUACCCGCAAGGCCGUGUCGGGAGAAUUGUCUAGUUCACGCCACCGUCGUUACUUCUGGGUUCAUCCCUACACUCGUACGCUUUACUGGAGUGAGCAAGAUCCGCAACAUGGAACCAAACAUGAAAGUAAAGCCAAGAGCGUUGCUAUCGAAGCUGUUCGUGUAGUCACAGAUGACAAUCCUUAUCCUCCUGGAUUACAUCGCAAGAGUUUGGAGGUUCUUACACCUGGACGUCGCAUCCGAUUCACCGCUGCCACGAGCCAAAGGCACGAGACAUGGUAUAAUGCUCUGUCGUAUCUCCUUCUCCGAACCGAUGAUGAGGACCAAUCAGUUGAAAUCACCGCAGAGGAUGUGGAUGAGUUCAACCCAGGGAUGCGAAGCACAUCACGCCAAACAGGACCUAGAAUGUCUGUGUCCUCAUACCAAAGUAUAAGGACUAACACAUCAAAACCACGUGCCGGAUCAUCGCUAUCAGUUCGCCCUGCUGCGACUCCUGGUCGUGUGUCGCCCGCGCCGAGCUCGCUGCAAAACUCUACCCUCCGCCAAGAUCAAUAUCGACAGAGUACAUCAUCUCGCAUAAGUAGUGUGUUCAAUGCGACCAUUCGAGGGUCUUUUGCCAGCCGAAGAGGCAGACACACCCCUGUCCAGGCUGACAGUAUGUACGAUAAUAGCGCGGAGCAUGAUAGUGCCGAGGAUCUCCGACAGGUGAUUGAGCGGCAAGAACGUGAAUCUGAUCGCUUGGAGAAUGUCCGUGCAUGCUGCGAUGGCAAGCACGAUGUGGGAUCCCUUUCAAGAACAAGUCGAUUCAGUCCUGGACUGAAACGUCUAUCGAAUUCAUAUAGCCCCCACCACUAUCACCAUCAUCACAAUUAAUGUAUCGAGCCAUACUCGUCGAUUGGUGAUUGGUCAUCAGAUCCAGAAUACUGGACGUUCCCGCUAUAUAUUGUGGUCAACGAGUUUCCUUUGUGCGAGCAUUCGACCCCCGAAUGCAAUUUGCUUGGGUUUUGGGUUCUUAGUUCAUUGUUUCAGAUACGGACGGAGUUGAAUCGUUGUUUUAGCGCUUCAAAAAUAUGUGCAGGGUAUCUAUCAGCUUAUACAUUUCCGCUCUUUUGUUUGAACCCCUAUUGUUAUUAAUGUGUCUGACCGGCAACCGGGCGGUACCUUUGAUUUAUAUGGUACCUGACCUCUUUGGAAGUGGUCUUCCGUAUGUCAAUUGCUGACAUCGAUGCCCGGAUGCAUGUUACUAUUCUUAUUGAACAUUGCCGAUGUCCUCUUUCUUUUCGUUUCUAAUGCUGAAGCUCUCUCUCUUUUUGUUUUGUCAUCGAAGUUACUUUACUUUCGAUUUGUUAGAACGGCCGUCAAUCAUUCAUUUUCUUACUAUUGAUUGUAUCAUCCUGUCCUCGUUAUUAUUCUUUUGUCCAUUAGUCUAGGCAGGGACACUGAUACAAGUAAUUACGAAGCUUCUUGGUCCGG